UCCCGCCCAUUCGUUUGUCUCGCUUGUCUUCCCGCGUCUGCGCACCUCCGCCCGGCCUAGACCUCCCCGCCGUACACUUCACCCCUCCGCACGGACAGCAUGUCUGAAUACAGCGCGGUGCCGCCGCUCGGAGCCGGUGGACUCAAGAAAGACGCGUUCGCCGACGCGGUACAGCGCGCCCGGCAGAUUGCAGCAAAGAUCGGUGGAGACGUCACCAGUCCCCCCAUGAGCAAUAACGGCGGAGCGGAGAGUUUUCCCUUCGCGACACAGAAGCGAUCGCUGGAGCACGGAGAUCAGCCUGAAAGUAAGAAGAUGGCGUCUGACAGAGACAAUGGCUCAGCCUUGUCUAUCGGAGCCCAGCUGGCUGCCCUUUCCCAGCAGAGUGUACGUCCCUCGUCCAUCACAGAGGAGUACAGAGUCCCUGACGGCAUGGUUGGGCUCAUCAUUGGUCGAGGUGGAGAGCAGAUCAACAAGAUCCAGCAGGAGUCUGGCUGUAAAGUUCAGAUCGCUCCAGACAGCGGCGGUCUUCCAGACAGGAUUGUGUCUCUCACCGGCGGCCCUGAAGCCAUCCAAAAGGCCAAAAUGCAGCUGGAUGACAUCAUCUCUCGGGGGCGGGGCACUCCUCCCUCCUUCCACGAGUCGACCAAUGGGAGCGGCCACAUGCAGGAAAUGGUCAUUCCAGCAGGGAAAGCAGGGCUUAUCAUCGGCAAAGGAGGAGAGACCAUUAAACAGCUGCAGGAGCGAGCUGGCGUGAAGAUGAUUUUGAUUCAGGACGCUUCUCAGGGGCCAAACAUGGACAAACCUUUGCGCAUCAUUGGAGAUCCUUACAAAGUCCAGCAAGCACGUGAAAUGGUGCAGGAGAUUCUGCGAGAGCGGGAUCAUCCUGGCUUCGACAGAAAUGAGUACGGCUCUCAAAUAGGUGGAGGAAUCGAGGUGCCUGUUCCGCGUCACUCUGUGGGCGUCGUGAUUGGCCGAAGCGGAGAGAUGAUCAAGAAGAUUCAGAACGAUGCCGGCGUGAGGAUACAGUUUAAACCAGAUGACGGUAGCGGUCCAGAUAAGAUCGCUCACGUAAUGGGUCCCCCGGACCGCUGCGAACACGCCGCCAGUAUCAUCAACGACCUUCUGCAGAGCAUCCGAGUACGAGAGGAAGGAGGAGAGGGUCCCCCCGGUCCUCCGGGCACAGGCAUGCCUCCGGGUGGGCGUGGCAGGGGGCGUGGCCCAGGAAACUGGGGCCCACCUGGUGGUGAGAUGACCUUUUCAAUCCCCGCCCACAAAUGCGGUCUGGUGAUCGGCCGAGGCGGCGAGAACGUGAAGGCCAUCAACCAGCAGACGGGCGCCUUCGUGGAGAUCUCGCGCCAGCCGCCGCCCAACGGUGACCCCAACUUCAAACUGUUUAUCAUCCGGGGAUCUCCUCAGCAGAUCGACCACGCCAAACAGCUGAUCGAGGACAAGAUCGAGGGUCCCCUGUGCCCUGUUGGACCUGGACCUGGACCGGGUGGACCAGGCCCUGCUGGACCCAUGGGCCCCUACAGCCCGAACCCCUACCAGCCCGGACCCCCUGGUGGACCACCACACGGUGGUCCUCCUGGCGGUCAGUAUCCUCAGGGUUGGGGAAGCACAUACCAGCAGUGGCAGCCACAUGAUCCCAGUAAAGCAGCAGCGGAUCAUAACGCGGCCUGGGCAGCUUAUUAUGCACAGUACUACCAGCAGCCCGCAGGGGGCGCUAUGCCCGGACAGACGCCUGCGGCCCAACCGGCCGCUCCCGCUCCUGCUGACCAGAGCCAUGCUGCUCCCGGCGCCGCCCAGCCCGACUACACCAAGGCCUGGGAGGAGUACUACAAAAAGAUGGCUCCGUGUUUUGCUGAUGAAAAUCAUCUCUCAUCUCUAUCAGAUGCAGCAGGAGGAGGUGCUUCUCCCGCCGCAGGAGGAGCUCAAGCCCCGGGAGCUGCAGCGGCGGGACAGACGGACUACAGCGCCGCAUGGGCGGAGUACUACAGACAGCAGGCUGCUUAUUAUGGACAGACGGGACAGGCCGCGGGACAGCCAGGCGCCACACCGCAGGGCCAACAGGCGCAGUGAAGUGACUGCUGAACUCUCAUCCUCCAUCCUCUCACUCUCAUGACAAAAGGACUUCUGCUCGUCCCGUUUUGUUUGUUUUUCUUUCUCGUGUCCAGUUGAAAAGCUCUGUGACUCUCUCUCUCUCCUCUGAAGCCGGAUUUCUGUCUUUUAUGAAACCAUACGGCUACUGUAAACGCUCUUGUUUCUCCUCCUGGUUUUUGCUGGAUCCAUAAACGCUGAUGGACUAAACUCAAACUCUGCCUUCCCCUCCACAAACACUUCGUCCCUCCUCUUCCUCGCAUCAGUGUGACUCAUGGCCAGGAAACACAAGGGAAUGCUUCAACUAACUUCCUCACAUGAGCGUGCACUUCCUGUUUUUGCAUUA